AUGGGUGUGCCCUCGAUCUUCGCUGAUGUCGGAUGGUACUUAUGGAUUGUGGCGGGCUCUCGUGGCGCCGAUCCCCGAACUAUUGGGCUGGUGCCCGAGAAUCUCGACUUUAGAGGUGUAAUCAUCCUAGCGAUUUCUACGGGGAGCGAGGUACGGAUGGAUGAUUUCUGCUGGUACGGCCUGAUUGGCUAUGAAAAAGGCCUUGCUUUCUCGCAGUGUCUGGAUAUUAAGAAUGAGAUUGUGGAAAAUGAGACGGACCUCUACACCGGCAUCCUGGAGGCCAAUGACUACCAGGAGAAAAGGGUCACGGAGCUGUGCAAGAUGCAGAAUGUGCGACCCGAAAAGAUGCAACGGCUGCUGAAGCAGGGGAAGGCUCCGGUGGUGUUUUCCUUCGUGAACCUCCGGGGCGGAACCAUCGGCCGGGAUGAGGUGGAGGAUGAUUGCAAUGCGAAGCUGGUCGCGAGGCUCCUGACGACCCUAGGCUUGAAGAUACCCACUUCUAUCGAGAUGAAAGCGGCCCUUGAGAACGCUUGGGCGAAAACCGAGGGGGACCUCCACCGGGCCCUGAUGUCGCACGUCAUGGACCGCAGCCGCCGUAACUUUGAUGCCAGGAGCGGCAGCAAGAACAUGGCCCUUCUCAAGAAGCUGGUGAACACUUUGCAAGAAGAAAAAGAUCAGGAGAGAAAGAUUCCUCUGGAAGACCCAAAUCGGCUGCCGACCAGGGAGUGGGGAGACUUCUCCGAAGGCUCAGGACCCGCUGAGUACUUGGACGACGAGGACAUGGCGGACCACGCUCAGGAGGGCGGUGAAGAAGAGGAGAUGGAUAAUGAUGCAAUCAUUCCGGACCCCGACGACCCUACCGGCUUCCCAAAGACCCCUUGCAAGCCCCAUGCCCCGCCGGCGCCGGUGGACAGCGACACCGAGGCAGCUGCAGCCGAAGAAGCCUUAGCAGAAGAAGCCGAAAAGAAUGCCGAUGCCCAGAAGGAGUGCUUCGGGGCGGGUUGUGGGUUUCGGAUCGCAGUGCCCUGGCGGGUGCAGCAGCAGAUCCGGAAUGCUGCCAGCUUGUCGGAGGUGCAGACAGACGAGGCAGUGCAAGGGCGAGGCAAUCCACGCGGUCGCGGCCGUGGCGGCCGUGGCGGCCGUGGCAGCCGUGGCGGCCGUGGUCGUGGACGAGGCCAGGGCGAGGACGACGAUCUCGAUGCAGAGGACGAGAAGGCCACAGAUGAGGUACUUUUGGAGGAGCAGGAGGACAAGCUGAAGAACAAAGGCCAGGCAAAAGCAAAGGGACAAGCGAAGAAGGAGCCGAAGGCGAAAGCAAAGGGACAAGCAAAGAAGGAGCCGAAGGCGACAGCAAAGGGAGAAGCAAAGAAGGCGAAGGGCCAGGACCAAGUGGAAACGCCCGGCACUGUGGAGGAGGACUGUCCGUGGCUUCUCCAUUUAAAUUUGUAG